UUACCCCAGAAGUCAACUAUACUUCUGUUUCUUCCUCAUUCAGCUGCUUUCUGUUCCUCUGCGUCUCGUCUGUCUUUUAUUUAUUCGUGUGUGUUUGGCCGGUUCCAGAAGAGGCAUGGCGGAGCUGGAGGGUCUGGAGUUUGGGAAGUCGGACUUCGUGCUCCUGGAUGAGGUGACGAUGGAGCAGUUUCUGGAGAAUCUGAAGCUGAGGUUUGAGAAGGGACGCAUCUACACCUACAUCGGAGAAGUGGUGGUCUCUGUCAACCCUUACCAACAAAUGGACAUUUAUGGCAAAGAAACCAUCGACGCGUACCGAGGCCGGGAGCUGUAUGAAAACCCUCCUCACCUGUACGCCGUGUCUGAUGCCGCCUACAAGGCCAUGAAGAGGAGGGCCAAAGAUACCUGCAUCGUCAUAUCAGGUGAAAGCGGUGCAGGUAAAACAGAAGCCAGUAAAUACAUCAUGCAGUACAUAGCCGCCAUCACAAACCCAAGCCAGAGGGCGGAGGUGGAGAGCGUGAAGAAUGUGCUGCUCAAGUCCAACUGCGUGCUGGAGGCCUUCGGGAACGCCAAGACGAAUCGCAACGACAACUCCAGCCGCUUCGGCAAGUACAUGGACAUCAACUUCAACUUCAACGGCGAUCCCACCGGAGGAAACAUCAACAACUACCUGCUGGAGAAGUCCAGGGUGGUGCAGCAGCAGGAGGGGGAGAGGAACUUCCACUCGUUUUACCAGUUACUACGUGGAGGCUCAGAUGAAAUGCUGGAGUCCUUGCACCUGCAGAAGGAUCCUGGUGUUUACACCUACACCAAAGCGGGCGUUGCAACAGCUACGUCCAACAGCGAUCGGACGAGCCACAAAGCGGUGCUGAGCGCACUGGAAGUGAUCGGCUUCGCCACAGAGGAGAUUUCCUCCGUUUAUCAAAUCCUUGCCUCCAUCCUCCUGCUGGGGGAUGUUCAGUUUGAGAGUGACGGGGAGAGCGUUCAGAUCCUGGGGAUGGAAACCGUGCACCACAUCUCCGAGCUGACGGCCACAGACCCAGACAGCGUCAGUAAGACCCUGCUGUAUCGCACCGUGGCCACCGGGGGCGGAGAGGUCAUCGAGAAGGGCCACACGGAGCAGCAGGCCUGUUUUGGACGGGACGCUUUUGCCAAGGCUCUCUACGAAAGACUCUUCGGCUGGAUUGUCAGCCGCAUCAACACUGUCAUUGAAGUGAAAGACUACGACCCAGUGCUUCAUGGGAAAAACACCGUGAUCGGGGUGCUGGACAUCUACGGCUUUGAGAUCUUCGAGAACAACAGCUUUGAACAGUUCUGCAUCAACUACUGCAACGAGAAGCUGCAGCAGCUCUUCAUCGAGCUGAUCCUCCGACAGGAACAAGGAGAAUAUCAGAGAGAGGGCAUCACCUGGCAACAUAUCGACUACUUCAACAACCAGAUCAUCGUUGAUCUCGUGGAGCAGCCGCACAAAGGCAUCAUCUCCAUCCUGGAUGAAGCCUGCCUCACCGUGGGAAACGUCACUGACAAAGUCUGCCUGGACAGCAUGGACACCAAGCUGUCCCAGCACCCCCACUACACGUCCCGCAAGCUCAGCCCCACUGAUAAGACCAUGGAUUUCCAGAAACACUUCCGCAUUCGCCACUACGCCGGAGACGUCACAUAUUCCGUCGAGGGCUUUUUGGACAAAAACAAGGACCUGCUCUUCCAAGACUUCAAGCGCCUCAUGUACAACAGUGCCAACCCAGUCCUGAAGGAGAUGUGGCCAGAUGGUCAGCUGGGCAUCACCGAGGUCACCAAGCGACCUCUGACCGCCGCCACCCUCUUCAAGAACUCCAUUGUGGCCUUAGUGGAUAAACUGGCCUGUAAGGAGCCGUACUACGUGCGCUGCGUGAAGCCCAACGAGAUGAAGUCGCCGGUGUUGUUCGACGCCGCUCGCUGCCAGCACCAGGUGGCGUACCUCGGCCUGCUGGAGAACGUGAUGGUGCGCAGGGCGGGCUUCGCCCACAGGCAGCCCUACGAUCGCUUCCUGCAGCGCUAUAAAAUGACGUGCGAGUACACCUGGCCGAACCACCUGAUGGCGUCCGACCGACACGCAGUGGAGGCCAUCGUCAACCACUACGGUUUCCAGGACGACGUGGCGUACGGCCACACCAAGCUGUUUGUCCGGACGCCGCGCUCUCUCUUCACCCUGGAGCAGGAGAGAGCGGCAGUCAUCCCCAUCCUGGUGCUCUUCCUGCAGAAGGUUUGGCGAGGGGCGUUGGCUCGUAUGCGGUGCCAGCGGAUGAGGGCCAUCUACACCAUCAUGGGCUGCUAUAAGCGCUACAAGGUCAAGGCUCACUUCUGGGAGGUGGUGCGGAGGUUCGCUAAUGUGCGAACUAUGGCCGACUAUGGGAAGAGCGUGGAGUGGCCGACCCCGCCGGCAUCUCUGUCCCAGUUUCAUAACAACACAGUCCUGCUGCAUCGCAGGUGGUGGGCGCGGCAGAUCGUGAAGAACAUCCCGCCGUCUGACACGCUGGAGGUCCGGGCCAAGGUGGCGGCGCUGACGGCUCUGAGCGGAGAGAGGAAACACUGGGGACUCAGCCGAGCCUGGGAGAGGGACUACCUGGCUAAUGUACGAGACUGCCCCCAGACCAGCUCCGGCUUCGUCCGCGCUUCCAAGGAGCUGAGGAACAAAAACGAGUUCAGCUGGAUCCUCUUCUCCGGCUUCUGCAGGAAGGUGAAUAGAUUCAACAGAAGCACAGACCGCGGCCUCCUCGUCACAGACAAGUACCUCUACAAAUUAGAGCCGAAGAAACAGUACAAGGUUUUGAAGAGGCUUCCUUUGGAGGCGUUUACGGGACUGAGCGUGACCAGCGGGGCCGACCAGAUGGUGGCGCUGCACACGGCCUCUCAGGACGACGUCCUGCUGUGUCUGCAGCGAGGGGAGCUGUGCCCCAACCAGGACCGGGUGGGCGAGCUGGUGGGAGCGCUGGUCGACCACUUCACACGUGUCAGAAACGUCCAGUUUCCUGUCAAAGUUUGUCGCUCGGCCGUGGAGCUUCACAUGCGAGGAAAACCCAAGAGCGUCACCGUGGAGACGAAACCUGGCCAGGCGAUCGCGGAUUUCAAGAAGAGUCGAGACGGUUUCAUCCUGCUGGUCCCCGUCAACUAGAGAGAGACCACGCAACCAAACCUCCAACGGGCCGACCUCAUAGACCCGGACCCUGGAGACCACUGGACCCUGGACACCACUGGACCCUGGAGACCACUGGACCCUGGAGACCAGUGGAGCUCUGUAUCCACAUCGUCAUGCCAACGAUAAAAAGGGGGAUGUAAAUCUGCAUCUUCAGGCAGUUAAACGUUUUAAAUUGGACUUUCACAGCAGUUUUACAGUGUUGACGGCAGAAUCUGCUUUCUAACUCAUUUAUUGUGAAGUUUAUGUUGGUGCAGAGACUCAGGACGCAGCUGCAAUACACACGCGUGAAAACUGUAUUUUUUUAAUGUAAUUUGAAGUUAUUUCAUGAAGACAACAAUGAACAAAAACAGAAAGAAAAGCACUUUUUUAAAGACAAAUUGUACAUUUUGCAAUGCAUAAAAACAAACGAGAGAAAGCAUAUAAAGUAUUUUUUAUAUGCAGUAGAAUUGUUGCCAAAGUAAACUCUUUUUUGCGCUUUUUCUCUGCAGAGUUAUUCCAUGUCAGACGUAGUAGAAAGGAGAAAUAAACACAAGUAAAUAAUCUAUUGAAGAAGAGUGUUGAUUUCUCCAGAAGGCUUCGCUGUAGCCGUAGACUCACAUUGUUUCCCUUCGUGGUCGGUGCUGUGAACAUGUGAAUAAAAGAGGUCGGGAGCUUUCCCCUGA